AAUCAAACGUAUUACAUUUUAAGAAAAACUGCAGGAAUACAAGGUAGACUGGAAAAUGGAGGGGAAGCUUAGCUUUACUGUGGAGUCUGAGUCUGGGUGUAACCUAACUAGCUAGAGGAUAUGCAAUUCAUGAUUGACAGCGGGACUAGCAUUAUGCAAAUAGUGUAAGAGAGAACAGCAGCUCAGGAACAGUGAUCAGGGGCUCUGUUAGGGAUCUUUCUACACACGCCACUCUAGUUUUUCAUUCUUCUGUUUCCUGUGUUUGUAAAUAAAUAGCACAAAACAGUUUUUACUUCAUUUAUUUUACUAAAAAGCAAAGCUACAAUGCAGUUUCAGUUUAUCAGUUAGAUAUACAUGUUUGAGAAACGGAUAGUCUCAUUAAAUUAGAUAAUUUUUAGAAGGGCACCAUGCUUAUCUUUGGACCUUUGUGUAUUAAAUCCUGUUUAGGGCUGUUCUCUUUAUACACAAGUGUGUUUUGCUUGUGCCUUCCUGUCUUCAGUGAAAAGCCUUAUGUAGGUCAGGCUUGGCUUAAGCAGAUUUCCUGAACCUGCGUCAGCUUAAGCUGGAGGAAUUUUAAUAAACCCUCCCCUGUAGGCGUGGGCCUAAAUGAGGCUAGCCUAGUUAAGCCUGAUCUUUUUUUCUGUUUGUGAAAAAGAGCUGAGCAGAGCCAGAGACUGCAUGGUGGUUUCAGAAACUGCCUACUUAAUUCGGAAAUAACAAUGGUUGGAAAGGCUAGAUCUUCUAAUUUUACCUUAUCUGAAAAGCUUGAUUUGCUAAAGCUGGUGAAGCCAUAUGUUAAAAUUCUUGAAGAACACACUAAUAAACAUUCAGUAAUAGUGGAAAAGAACAAAUGCUGGGAUAUCAUAGCAGAUAAAUAUAAUGCUGUUGGAGUAGAUCGCCCUCCUCGUACAGCACAAGGCCUGCGUACCCUCUAUAAAAGGCUCAAAGAAUACGCCAAACAGGAGCUCUUGCAGCAAAAGGAGACUCUGUUAGAUCAUAGGAGCAGUAUUUCUGAGCCAACCAAGAAAGUUGUGGAAAUGAUUCCCCAGAUUUCCAGUGUGUGCCUAGGAAGAGACAAGAACUAUAUACAAAGUGCAAACGUGGAUAAGGAAGCGCAUGCAGGUACCAGUUUGCCACAGGUGAUGUUGGAUCACCAUCCCGUUGCUAUUACAGUGGAAUUGGACCAAGAAGAAGAUAUUAAACCACCUCCUUCACUAAUUGUAGAUUCUCAACAGAAUGAGACAUUAGAGCAAAGAGAAGAACAUGAACUUGUCCAUGUUAUGGAGAGAGCUUCACCUUCACUUUCCUCUGUUGAUACAAGAAUGACAUUAUCACCAUCUUCUCUUCCAAGGAGAGAUGAAUUUUUUAGACAUGAAAGUGGAGAACAUUUUAGACCAUUAUUUGGAUAUGAUCCACAAACAUUGCAAAUGAUCAAGGAGGAGCAUCAGGUAAUUUUAGAAAAUCAAAGAAAAUUUGGACUCUAUGUUCAAGAAAAAAGGGAUGGAUUAAAGAGAAGGCAGCAACUUGAGGAAGAGCUUCUAAAAGCAAAAAUCAAAGUGGAGAAAUUGAGAGCAAUACGCCUAAGACGGGAUCUUCCUGAAUACAACAGUGUCUAAUUAUUUAUCUUUUUUUGUCUGAAUAAUCUGAAAAUUUCACCUGUGAUUUAUUUAAUUAAAUUGUUUUGACAGAGUCGGUUUCAUAAGGGAAUAUGCAGGAUGAGAAUAUAUAUUCCUAAAAUACUAGUUUCCACUGUUAUAUAAAAACUCUUUUAAAGUUUCUUAUAUCAGAUCUUUUGAUUGAUGUCUUUAAUUCACAUUUUAAAAUUUCCUCCUAAAUUUUAUAUGUGAGUAGUUUUAAUGGCUGGUCUUAAAGAUGUUUUUUACUUUUUUCAUUUAAGUUAGUAAAAGUUUUAGAAAAAAUUUGCACUUCUGGCCUAGAAAUAUUCAAGUUGAUCUUUAAAAGAGGGAAAAUGCCAAUUAGAGAUUUUCUAAUAAUCUUUUUAAGUGUGGUAAUUUAUUAAAAAUUAGUUGCUCUAUGUGACACUGAUUUUCAUAUCUUAUUCUCUUUUUAAAAAUAUUUUUGAUGUCUUUUUACAUUACAGUCAUUUUUGAAAUUACUGCUCUUCUCUGCCGCUCCUACAAGGAAUUCUCCCUUGUAAUAAAGGAAAACAGUUAAGCAAAACCACCAGAUUUAAAUGUAUAACUGACAGUAUAUACAACAUUCUGCCCCAGUAUUACUACCCCUUUGCUGAGAAAGAGGUCACACCUUAAUCUUUUUAAAGAUUAAAUCAUAGAAACAUAGAGUUUUACAGCUUUAAGGGACCUUAUAAGAGAUCAUACCCUUUCAUUUUAUAGAGGAAGAAACUGAGAUGCAAGCAAUACAGAUAUAGUAUUAGAAUCCAUUUCUGAUUUAGAAUCUAGUCAUCUUUUUAUUAUGCCACAAAUAUCACCACCCGUUUUAAACAUUCCAAAUUGUGGUUAGCUUAGCAAAAAAAAAUGUAAAUAUAUGUGUGUAUAUGUACAUAUUAUGUGUACAGAAAUUUAAAAAAAAAGUUGUUU